UAUUCAAAUCAAAUUUAAAUCAAAAGGUGACGAUCACUUCGCAUAAUAUAUAGUUUCAGUGUAUAAUUACAACGCUAUCAUAUUAAUACUAUCAAUGGCAGCACCACAAGUUGAUAAUGAGUACUGGGAUGAGAUAGCAAAAGCACGGGUUGAGCUUCAGAAUCUUAUAUCCAAGGAGAAUUACAGUGCUUGGGAUCUGCUUCGUUUAGCGUAUGCAUCCCAAUUCUCAAUUGCCAAUUUUCAUCAUGCUUAUGCAGGAACUAGCACUUCUACUGAUGCUAAACCAAAGACUCAAUCUGCCAAUAAUAAUAUCAAAACUGCAAUUGCAAUUAUCAAGGACAACCAUCGCACAAUAACGUAUCCUGACCUCUAUCAGCUUGCUGGGGUUGUUGCUCUUGAGAUGCUUGGUGGUCCAAAAAUCGAGUUUGUCCCUGGUAGAAAGGAUUCACCAAUUUCACCAGAUGAAAGGUACCUUCCUGAUGGCAGUCAAGAUUUAAGAGAUGUCUUUCACAAAGUGGGAAUCUCUGACAACAGACAUAUAGUAGCAUUAUCUGGAGGCCUCAAAAUGGCCAGAAGAGCAGGUCCUCGCACUGACAAGACUUUCAAAUUUGACAACUCAUACUUUAAGGAGCUUGUGGAAAAGAAGGAUUCGAGUCAACUUCCCACUGAUAAAGCUCUGGUUAAGGAUCCAGACUUCAGCGGCCUUGUGGACCUUUAUGCAGAGAAAAAUGAGGAUUUCUUAAAGGACUACGAAGAGGCACACAAGAAGCUCUCUGACCUUGGAUUACCACAUUCAUCAUUUUUGAGAUCAACAUUGCAAAAAAGCAAGUCAGCUCUGAAUAACAUGCAGGUGUCACAGAGGCCUGUUGGAGUUGGAGUUGUUGUUGCAGCUGCUGUUGUGAUAUUGAGUGUCUUCUAUCUAAUCAACAAGAGGAGAACUAACAAGUAUUCGUCACAGUAGUAGUUACAGUAACUUGGUGAACUAGAAAGAUAUAUAGUAAACCAGAAACUGAUAAGCAGGAAUAAAAAGGCCGUUCGACUGAAUGGCUCCACGUUUCUUUAAAUAAUAAAUCUUGGGGAUAUCUCCAUGUUUCAUCAUAACUUGAAUAUGUAAAAUUUACUCAAAUGUACUAGUAGUAAUAAUAUAAAACUUAAAACUGUGCCUUU